AUGGUUGUUCGUCCUCCAUUCCUACCUUCUGAUCAACCAGACACCAUGCCAGGAUCAUCCUCACAAACUGAUUCGCAAUCGAACCAUUCGGUAAAAAGAAGGAAAUCUAUCUUCAGUAGAAAGACUGAAAAGUCUAAAGCUAUUUCAGAAUCCGGCUCAGCUUCUCAUCAUAGUGGAUCUGACGCCGGUUCAGGAUCUCAGCAUAGUCGAUCUGAAGGUUCUGGAAGUCAACUUGGUACGAUCCAAGAUGAUCUCACAUACACAGAAGCAAGUGAAGAAGGAACAAGUCCAUCAGCUCAUGCUAAUAGAUCUGAUCAAACAUACGGACAAUCUUUUACGAUCUCAUCUCGAUUUCGUCAAGUGAUUCGAAAACGUGGAUGGUUUCAAAUCUUAUCUGGAUUUAUUUUAUUAUCAAUUGUGAUUGCUGCACUUGUGGCUGCAAUCAUUAUUGGUCUUAGAAAUGCUGCAAUUCAAGAAGAAAGAAGGAAUCGAAUUAAUUCUACUCCUGUGAUUACUCCUACUGAAAAACAAUCUAUUGUGGGUACAAUCAGAGGGGAAAGAGCUCAAACUAGACAAUUUGAUUUUGUGAUUGAUGAGCGACUUGGAAAACCAGAUGGAUUUGAAAAGGACAUGCUAGUUGUAAAUGGUCAAUAUCCCGGUCCGAUCAUUGAAGUCAACCAGGAUGAUUUGGUAGUCAUACGCGUUCAAAAUAUGGCUGUCAAUACUACAUCCAUCACCUGGCAUGGUCUCUUUCAAGUUGGAACUAGUUAUUUUGAUGGUGUUAGGGGUGUAAGCGAGUGCGGUAUUCCUGCAGGAGAAUCAAUGACCUACACCUUUCGACCAGGAGAGUUUUCUGGAACAACUUAUUGGCAUGCUGGUUAUAAUGCUCAAACUAGUGAUGGGAUCUCGGGUGGGUUUAUCGUUCAUCCAAGGACAGCUAGUAACAGCAGUUAUGAUGAAGAAGUGGUGCUUCAUUUGAGUGACUUGUAUCAUGCCACUUCUACUGAUCUGUUGGAAUCAUACCUUUCUCCAUCCGGUAUAAAUGGUGAUAUCAUCAAUGAACCUGUUCCCGAUAGCGGAACCAUCAACGGGAUUGGGCAAUAUGACCAUCUACCAGAUGUUCGCCGUCCACCCCCCUCAUACUAUCGGUUAACAGUUGAAGCUAAAAAAAAAUAUCGACUGAGAUUAAUCAAUGCAGGAUCUUUUGCGCCUAUUCGCUUCAGCGUUGAUUCUCAUAACUUGACUGUCAUCGAAGCAAAUGGUGUAGAAGUUGUGCCUAUCACUUUCACUGGUGGAAUAACACUUUAUCCAGGUCAGAGAUAUAGCGUCGAACUUACAGCUGAUCAAACAUCAGCAAAAGCAUUUUGGAUGCGUGCAACAAUCGUUAAUGAUCAAUUCAGAUAUAAUUCACCAAAUUCAAGAUUCAAGAUAUUGGGAAUUGUACAAUAUGGGGAUCUACGUGCCGAGUUACCUAAAGAAGGAGAACCUUCACCAAGCUCAGCUGUUGAUUUGAAUCUUGAUCAACUUCGUCCUUUGGUACCAUUUGAUCCACCAUCACCUACCCGAACUUAUCUUUUGGAUGUUGGUUUCAAUAAAGCACAAGACGGAAGCCUUCUUGGGCUCAUCAAUUCAACUGCUUGGGAGCCAGUACACCACACCACAUCACUGUCAAAGAACUUAGGAAGCAAUCAAAUAGGUGCAUCUAUCACCGACUCACAGUUUGUCAUAUCUCAUGAUAAAGCAGAAGUAGUUGAAUUGAUAAUAGAAAACUUCAGUGGAGGUAACUUUCCCUUUACAUUACAUGGACAUCGACCCUGGGUUAUUGAAGUUGGAAAUGGAAAAUACAAUGGAAUCAAGCCAAACACAGGAAUCAAUAAUUCUACAAAUCCAAAUCCCAUGGCUCCUGUUCAAUUGUCACCAAGUGCUUCACCUCUAUUGCCAGUACUAGCUGCAAAUAAUGGAUCAUCUACAGCAGGCUCCUCCACAUCACCAACUUCUACUACUAGAGGUACUCAAGGUUCUCCAACAGUCACUUCCCCUCCGGUUCCGCCUCCAGCUGACAUGUCACAAGGAUCAUCAUCUCAAACCAAAGGCGCUUACAACACAGUGGGAUCCGUACCACAGGCUGCACGUGCCAAGAAGUAUCAACAAAAGUCUUUGCCCUCUUAUGAUAAACUCUACCGCCGUGUACGGCGCCAGACACAAUCAAGACUGAUGCACCCACGUCAAAAAUCGGAUACAUUCUUAUUACCAAAAGACGGUUGGAUCCGAGUAAGAUUCGUAGCCAACAAUCCAGGAGUUUGGUUAUUAUCAGAUCAAACUCAAUGGCAUCAAGCAGCAGGAGUAGCCAUGCAAAUCGCAUCUUUAACCUCAACACCUGUUCGAGUACCUGAUGAAGUCACCAAGUUUUGUACGGCUGCUGAUCUUGACGAUUAA